UUCACCCAACUUAACCAAUAUGCUGACCAGCCAAACGCAGGCUCUCAAAUACUAUGUCCAUCGGUAAUAAAGCAAAUCAUUACAAAUAAUGUUUUCGUUAAAAAUAUCUCAAGGUUACAUCAUGCGCAAACGGCUUGAGUUCACCUGCCCCCAGAUGACGCCAAUGGAGCGAAGUCAGUGCGGGCACAGUGAGGUUACUAGGGAGGAAUGCCUUCGCAUGAGCUGUUGUUAUGACAACACGAUGAAUGGUGUCCCGUUUUGCUUCCAUCACUUGAUUGGUCGCUGCAGCGUCAAGAUCGCGGACCGGGAGACCUGUGGUUAUGACGGGAUUCCUGUGGAUGCUUGCAGGGAUCUCGACUGAUGUUAUGAUAA